AUGAAAGUAUUCGCUUUGGUGGUUUUAACUAAUGGUUUGUUCAUACUUUUAAUGGGCGAAUCUGAAGCAUUUGUGAUACCAAUAAGACACUCGCCCCAAAAUUAUUAUAGUCAAUUUGAACGCGAGAUCGUUUUUCUAAAUCAAGACAAGAGAGAGAACAAAUUUCAUGACCCUUACGUUGAUGGUUCUGGAUCUGACAUUGAUGGUUCUGGAUCUGGUAGUGGACCGAAUGAUGGAAGUUCUCUUCUAGCACCUGGAGAUUCAGACAGUGAACUUUAA